GUCCUUACUCCCCAGUUUUACCCUUUAUGACAACUAAUAAUGAUGUUUAGUUUAUCCAUUUUCUAUUGGUGCUUAGUUUAUCCAUUUUCUAUUGGUGCUUAGUUUAUCCAUUUUCUAUUGGUGCUUAGUUUAUCCAUUUUCUAUUGUUGUUUAGUUUAUCCAUUUUCUAUUGGUGCUUAGUUUAUCCAUUUUCUAUUGGUGUUUAGUUUAUCCAUUUUCUAUUGUUGUUUAGUUUAUCCAUUUUCUAUUGGUGUUUAGUUUAUCCAUUUUCUAUUGGUGUUCACAAGUUCUCCAUGGUUAUCACACACCCGUACACUGGAUGGAAGUUGUGUAAAUCAUGUAAAUUCAUGAUUAAUAAAAGAUACAGAUCUCCAAGCGAUCAUGUAGUUGAGAAUCUUAAAAUAUUAUUAACAGAAAAAGACGAAAACGUCAGUUUGGUCGAUUUGUCGAGGUUGUAUGUUGAAAAAGUGGGUUUCAAUGCAUUGUGAAAGUGUCCGAGAUGUCUUAAUAGACCAUUAAACAGAGUUACACUGUUUCUCCUUUAUCUGUGAUUUGAAUACGUAACACCUCCCGGGUUGAGAUCGACCUAGUCCUUCCAGCGAGUUCACAUCCAGUUAGUGAACUGAUAAAGAAGCCGGGAUUACAAAGGGGGCAAAACUUGUUAUGUAAUCUGUAUAAUUGGGUAGAAUGGACCCGAAUAUUGGCCAUGACAUUGGUUUAGUAGGCCAGCACUUCUGAACGUGGUAGCAGUUGGCAGUACAGAGCUGGAAGUAUGGACGGAAUCAUUAAGCAGUUGUCAGUGUUCAUGCUGGAUGCUUUCUCCAAUCCUCGGCUAGCGAACGAGGUUGAGAAGAGUCGAGAGGAUCUUCGGAAAACUGAAACACAGCUAAGUAUGUUCUGGUGUGGUCGUGACGUUCAGCUUAGUAUGUUCUGGUGUGGUAGUGACGUUCAGCUUAUAUGUUCUGGUUUGGUAGUGACGUUCAGCUUAGUAUGUUCUGGUGUGGUAGUGACGUUCAGCGGAGUACGUUCUGGUGUGGUAGUGACGUUCAGCGGAGUACGUUCUGGUGUGGUGGUGACGUUCAGCGGAGUACGUUCUGGUGUGGUAGUGACGUUCAGCGGAGUACGUUCUGGUGUGGUAGUGACGUUAGACUAGAGUCAGAAGUCUGACUUAACUUGUGAGUGUAAAUGCUAGAAACUAUAUGUUACCCAUCUGUAGUUAAAACCACAUUUAAAUAAUGUGAGAAGUGAGUACUUGCACCCAAUCCGUGGUCAGUGUAGACAACUUCACCAUGUGGUUCAAUAAAUGCUGAUGCAAGUACUUGUAUGGUAAGAAAUAAGUUGAUACAUAGAG